ACACGUCGGUAGACUGACGAUGGCAUCGCAGCAACCACCUUCGCAGCCGCGCGCCUACUCGCAAGCAUAUCUGCCAAACGGUGGCCCACAGCCCGGCGGUCCCGUACCUGGAGCCCGACCACUUGAUCCAAACCAGGGUCGAGUGCAGCAGGUCGGCCACGCAAGAGUGCUGUGCGUUGCAGAUGUUCGAGGCAAUCUUCGACAACUCAAUGACCUCGCGCGCAACGCAAAAGCCGACUACAUCAUCCACACUGGCGACUUUGGAUUCUACGACGACACUUCCCUUGAACGUAUCGCCGAGAAGACCCUCAAGCAUGUCGCUCAAUACUCACCACUCCUCGCCGAGCCACUCAAAGCAGACAUCGCGCAUACUGGACCACAGCAAUCGAUAAAGGAGCGUUUCCAGCGCGAGCGUCUUCCACUCUCCGAGCUCCCGCAAUUCCUGAACAAGACCUAUCGCCUCGAUGUCCCUGUCUUCACCGUGUGGGGUGCUUGUGAGGAUGUUUCGGUACUAGAAAAGCUGCGUUCCGGGGAGUACAAGAUUGACAACCUGCACGUCAUCGAUGAGUCGCAUUCGCGACUGCUCGAUGUUGGAGGAGUGAAGCUUCGUUUGUUGGGUCUGGGCGGCGCGGUGGUCAUGCACAAGCUCUUCGACAAUGGCGAGGGCCGGACAACAAUCGCUGGUGGUCAGGGCACCAUGUGGACCACUCUCUUGCAGAUGGGCGAGCUCAUUGACACUGCGAACCGCGUGUAUGACCCGACUGAGACCCGCGUGCUUGUUACUCAUGCAUCGCCUGCUCGUGAGGGUCUCCUGAAUCAGCUCUCCGUCACCUUGAAGGCCGAUUUCUCGAUCUCCGCAGGACUUCACUUCCGCUACGGCAGCUCAUACAACGAGUUUUCGGUCAACCCCUCGCUCGAUCACUAUCGGGGCAAGCUCUCGGCGUCCAAGGCAUCCUUCACUGAUGUGUGGGAGACGGUCAAGCACGAGGUGGAACCGGCAGUGUCCGAAAACGAGGCACAAAACAAGCUCCUCCAGUUCGCACUCGAGCUUGUUGGCAAGAUGCCUUCGGUGGCGAACGGAGGUAAUCCAUUUGGCGGCGGUCCUCAAAACGGCGCUGUCGAUGAGUCUGCGUUCAAGAACAUGUGGAACUUCAACCUUGCGGAUGCGGCGUUUGGAUGGCUUGUUCUCGAUAUCGACCAAGGUCGAAUUGGAACAGAGAUGCGCGCGCAAGGCUUCAACUUCUCGCACCGUGGUAGCAAAGUGCCCCAGAGACCGCAAGGUAUUCCACACGCGCCGGCGAAUGCUAGCAUGGCACCGACUGGUGGCAACUUGCCCAACUCUGGCCCGCAGCAAGCAGGGCCAGCCGGACAGCAACAGGCUCGACCUCUGCAGCAACCUCAUCCACAGACACAAUUACCACCAACGAACCAACAACAGCAGCCGCCGAAGCCCGCCGGCACACCGCAAGGCACGCAAGCGACCAACGGAACAGCUGGGCCAGUCGCUAACUUGCAAGCGACCAAUGGCAAUGGUGCAGCAUCGGCAGCCAAGUCUGACGCACCUGCGCAGACUCGUCAAGUGAGCUCGCAACAAUCUCCACAGCAGCCACAAGAGCCUUCCAAGGGCAUCUUCAUCAUGAAUGUUCCUACUUUGAACAGCACCGAGGAGGCCAAGGCUCAGAUCUUCUCCGCAGAGGAUGUCGAGAAGAUCUCCAGCUUGGAGAAGGCCGGACCCGGUCGCUUCGUUGCGCAUUUCGCCUCGAGCGAGAUCAUGCAGGAAGUUCUCAAGCGUAACCCUAGCAAGGAAGCCAGCGAGCACUUCAAGGGCAUUAGGAUGUCACAAUACCGUCCAUCGAACCGGGGCACCUACGGAGGCGCUGGUGGCUGGGCCAGCGGCCGAGGAGGUACCACCCAACGUGGCGGAGGUGAAGGCAGAGGCGGCUACCAGUCCACGGGAGGAGCGACUACUGGCAGCGACAGCGAAUCUGGUCGGGGUGGACGCGGCCGUGGAGGUCGAGGAGGCUUCGGAAGCGAGCGAGGCCGUGGACGUGGCCGUGGAGGUCGAGGCGGCGAGAGAGGUGGAAAAGCAGAAGGUGCACCAGCGCCUGCCACCGGGGGCGACUCGUGA